AUGGCUGACAGCUGCUUCUCCGGGACCUGUGUUCCAGCUGCGUCCACCAGGUCCAUCUGCUCCAGGGACAGGAGCUAUGGCAGCCGGGUCUGCAUGCCCAGUGCUCAUACUGGCCCCUCCUGGGAGGUGGACGACUGCCUGGAGAGCUACUGCGAGCCCCCCUGCUGCACCUCCUCCUGCAGCCAGUCCUCCUGCUGUGCCCCCACCUGCUGCCAGUCCUCCUGCUGUGCCCCCUCCUGCUGCCAGUCCUCCUGCUGUGCCCCCACCUGCUGCCACCCCGUGAACUUUGGGUCCAGCCCCUGCCUAUCAGGCUGCACCAGCUCCUGUGGGCCUUCCUGCUGCCAGCCUGCAUGCUGCACAUCCUCCCCCAGCUGUGUGCCCAUCUGCUGCACACUUGUCUGCUGUACACCUGUCUGCUGCAAGCCUGUCUGCUGCACACCUCUCUGUUGCAAGCCCGCCUGCUGUGGGGCCAGCCCCUGCUCCUCCUCCUCCUCAUGCUGCCAGCCCUCUCCCUGUGCCCCCUCCUGCUGCAAACCCUCCUCCUGCAUGUCCCUCAUCUGCCAACCCGUGUGCAAGCCUGCCUGCUGUGCCCCUGCCUCCUCCUCCAUGUCCCUGCUCUACUGCCCUGCAUGUCCCCGCCCAGCCUGCUGUGGCACCUCAUCCUGCCACAACCCCUGCUGCUGA